AUGGCCGGUCAAGGCGCAGGUCCCUCUCGGCGCAGCCACACCAAGAGUAGAACAGGAUGCAAGACGUGCAAGCGUAGACAUAUCAGAUGUGAUGAGACGUUCCCCCAAUGUCGUAAUUGCACAAAGCAUCAGGUCCGUUGUGACUACAUGGACCAACAACGACCCGAAGCAGAGGUACAGCCACCGCGAGAUCAAUUCCCUCUACCCUCAUCGCCAGGUGUUGAGCACAUGCUUGAUGUUUGGCAACAGACAGGCAGCUUCCCCUACCCGGAGCUCCAAGUGUUCCCUCAGCCCAGGCCACAAAGCCAUUCAAGGAUCGAGCUGCGUCUCAUUCAACAUCUCUCAUCCAUCUCGAGGUCACUGCUCAUGAACAGCACCAGCGACAUGACAGUAUGGACCUCAAAAGUGCCAAAGUAUCUCAGUGUAGCGACCUCGUAUUCGUACGUCAUGCACGCAUUCUUGGCAUUCUCUGCCAGCCAUCUGGCAUGGAUCUCUCCCUCUCCAGACACACGCAAGAUUCAGAUCCAGCACGGCGGCAUUGCUCUACGUGGACUCCAUGAUGCUCUCAGCUCCUUCUCAAAGUCCAAUGCGGACGCUAUCUUGGCGACUUCUAUCCUUCUUAUGACUCAAGCAAACGACUGGCGCACAUGGUCUUCUCUCGAGACUGGUAUUCGUACUGUUGCAAGUGCUAUGGCCGGAUGGAAGCAUGAAUCGGUCUUUGCAGAUUUGAUUAAUCUGAGCCCUUACAAGCCUUCAGAAGAUCCGCGUCCGCUCCCUAGCAUGCAAGAGCGCCAUAGCAUACUCACCAACGUACUUGCUUCCCUCCAACGCCUACAGCCUCUCCUUGUCACCAACAGUCCCGAGGCAUACUGGAUCGAACAGCUCCUGGGUUACAUCUCAUUCCUUUUGGCCACUCAGCCUGCACACACGGCUGCUGAGCAGUUUGAUCAAUUGUAUAGCCUACGGAAAUGGGUUCUCUUCGUUCCUUGUCUGCUCCUUGAGAAGCCAAUGGUUGAUGGUCCUUCGACACUUGUGGUAGCCCACUUGUAUGCCACUGCGCUCUCCCUGGAACCUUUGUUCCCUGCCCUCGGUGCCUCCUUCUGUGCCGCCAUCAGCUUACCUCCCCUCGAAAGAAUUAUCCAGAUGACUGCCCCUAUGCAAACAGACGGCCAAUUCGGCCAGCAUGCACUGGAAAUCAGCUCCCUUAUGCACUUCCCUCAACAAGCAGUCUCCGCCUACCGCGCCCGUCUGGCAUGGACACAGCAACACCUGGAGCAGAUUCAACUCCAACAGACACCCCAACAAUCUCCCUAUGCGCCUGUCUUCAACCUUGACGGUGUGAACACGCCUUUCAUGAACUUCGGAAACCUCAGCCCUGGCUUUGUUCCUUCAUCCAUCAGCCACGUUCGCGAGCAGAACCGCAUGUCCUCAAGUUCAUUGUCGGGCUCACCUUACCUUGGAGUCCCCACUCCGACACCUUCGUACGAGAGUGGAUUUACCGACGGCACAAGCCAUUGGGGCACUGCACAUUCACCGGCCUUUCCACCAAACCAAUACACCACCGGCGACCAAGAGCAUGGAUACGACUCAUACGAUUUUGAGCAACUAGAAGCACCCCACGGGGGCUUUCGAGGCGGGUUCGUAGUUCCCCCGACCGUCUGGGCAUGA